GAUUCGAUGAGCUUUAGUAAAGCCAUAGAUGAUGGUAAAGUUGAUUUGUUAACGGGCAAUUAUCGGCUCGAAUCUGGUGAAAUUAUAACAACACAACAAGCAUUCCAACGCGGUUAUUUGACAAACAGCAUAGUUAAACUGGAAACCAGCGCUGUGUGCCUUUUCGAUGCAAUUAAUCGCGGCCUCGUCGAUGAGAGAACUGGUUGGAUUGUGGAUCGAAACUCGGGAAAUAAGUAUCAAGUAGACGCAGCGAUAAAAACAAAAGUUUUAGACGGUCAAGUAAGGGAAAUAGUCGAUCCUAAAACCGAUAACAAGAUAACACUGUUGGAAGCGUUAGAAAAGGGAAUUAUAAAUCCGAAAUUAGGAAAAUACGUGUAUCAUCAUGAAAAGUUGCCUUUCCUUGAAGCGAAGCGCAGGCAAUUGAUUUUAAAACCAUUAACUUUAAAAGACGCCCUUGAUUUGAAUCUGUUGGAUAACGAUUGCAAAAUAUGGUCACCCCUGCACCAAACUAAAUUAAGUAUUUUAGAAGCCGUAAGUCGUGGCGUUUUAGAUUCUAAUUCAAUUCAGUCAAUUACAAAUGUAGCUAGAGAUGAAUUAUUAACUUUAAGCGAUGCCAUCGCUUCGGGUAUUAUUCUGCCACACGGUAUAUAUGUAAAUAACGAUACCGACGAAAAGAUCGACAUUCCUGAUGCAAUCAAACGUGGAUUCAUCACGUCUGUCACACAGAAAUCCAUUUUUGAUACCGACGGAUUUCGUCCACCGGAUAAAUUCGAUUACAUAAGCUUUAAUUCCGCUAGCGCCAAAGGGUAUAUUAGUAAAAAGGAUAACGGUAGUUUAGUUACGAAUAUUAAGAGCGGUAAAUUAAUUUCGUUCGCAGAUGGUGUUGCAACUGGCGAAGUGAAACCGGAUGUUCACGAAAUGUUAACGCGAAAAAUCGGUAUUUUCGAGAACGGCAGAGAACUGAGUGUGUUGGAGGCCGUCUUUAGAGGAUACAUAGAUCCGAAAACCGGAAAUUUUAUUGAUAUUAGUAAAAACAAAAUUGUGCCUUUAAAUGAAGCUAUUGCGCAAAAUCUUAUCACGUCCGAGGGUGCCGCAUUGCUUAACUCGUUGCUGACGAUUUACGUAACGAGUCGCACAACAAGUAAACAAAUUCAGAAAUACGUCACGCAUCCUAAGCCUUACGAACCGCAUGUUAUUUCUUAUACGGAAGCUAUCCACCAUGGCCUUAUCGAUAACGACAAUCAAACUUUCCGUGAUCUUAAAUCCGACAAAGUUAUUCCCAUAGUGCAAGCAUUGAGCGAAGGUAAAUUAGCUCCAGAUGGAUAUAGUUCAGGUGUGCAAGAUCCUAAAAGUACUGGUGCUUAUCCGAAAGGUACUUCGCCUUCAAAAACCACCAUUAGCGUUAUUCAGAUUAAGCAGGAUCCCGAAGGUAAACUUAAAGACCCCAAAAAUAGUGUAUCUAAACCUAAGGAGAAGCAAGUUUUUGAAUUACCACCAGACGGCUGGUUGUUAUCGGACUCCAUUAGAUUAAACAUGUUUGAUCCAAUCACUGGUUUGUUCACAAUACCUGGUACAGAUAGGUUAGUUAGUUUCGAAGAAUGUCUUGCAAUGCAAAUAAUCAAUGCAAAUUCGGCAACAGUUGUAGACCCAGUAUCAAGAGAUCAUAUUAGCCUUACUAGAAGUUUAGAUAAGAAAAUAUUAGACAGCGUAGGUAGAUACAAUUUAAAUAAUAAACGUAUAACCAUGAAAGAAGCCAUCGAUAAGAGCUUAAUAAUUUUGGACGACAAUGUACCAAUGGAACAAUCUAGUCAACGACUUUUGCAAGUCACUAAAGAACCCGGUCAACCAGAUCGCGUCGAAGUAUCGGAUGUUAUUGAUAAAAAUCCCCCCGUCUACACAGAAAUAAAAGACUCCAAAACAGACUUGAGUCCUAUACAACUUGAAAACGGUGCUAUAUACGAUCCUUCAAAUGCAACAGUCAUUUUACCAGACAAAACCAAAACUCUGUUCGACGCAAUCGCAGAUAAAACUAUUAGUCCAAAUUCCGUUAAAAUAAAGGAUCCAGUUUCUGGUAACGAUUUAACCAUAAACGAGGCUAUCCAGAAGAACAUCGUAGACAAAGAUAGCGGAACUUAUAUUGAUAGAUCCGGAAGAAGAAUGACAUUCUCGGAAGCCUCGAAGUUUGGUUUAAUCGCUAUCGCAGGAACGCCUAUAUUAGCCGCAAAGUCAAUUAAACAAAUAUUCGAUUCCAAGAAGGGUUCUCAGUCCUUAAUUAAUAGCGAAAAGUCCCCAGAACAAUCUGAAAUGUUUGUAGAAACUAAAAUUGUUUUGACUGAUCCCAAAACAGGAAAAAGGUAUUCGCCGGAAGAAGCCGCAGACGUAGGAUUAAUAACGAAAGAGGAUUUAGAAGUACUCAAAAAAGAAACUCCGAAAACCCCGGAUCAAAGUAUUUUAGGCACAGAUCCAACUACAGGUACAAAAACUGCGUUACAUGUAGGAAUUAUGACAUCGCAACAGAUUGUUACUGAAAAAUCCACCACCCAUUACUCGUACUCGCAAACUGAUUUUAAGACAGUGGAGAAAAUGGAUGUUUCACCUAUUGUAGAUUCAAAAAUGGAAACUGACACUUUGAGGCAUCCCCUCGUUUCUAAAGAAGAAUUAGAAACUGCAAAGAAUUUACUGAAACCAGUGACUGUUACAAAGACUGCAGAUGAUGGUCCACAUAAAUUAAAACCGACAAUAAUUGAAACCAAGUUUAUGGUAGUAAAUCCAAAGACGGGUCAAAAAAUACCAGCCCAGGAUGCUCUCAGGUUAGGAUUAAUCACACCGGAACAAUUUCAAAAUAUGCGGCCAGAGAAUGCCACGAACACAAAUAUAUAUAUUAAAAACUCUAAAACCGGUCAAAAUAUUUCGGCCGAAGAAGCUGUUAGACUUGGACUUAUUUCGGCCAGCGAAUUAGAAAACCUUAAAUUAAAGCAUCAACCAGAUACCAAUGCAUUUAUUAAUACUCAAUCUAUAGAUCCAAAGACCGAUUUAGAAAAAAUAGACUCAACCUCAUUAGAAUUGCAGUCAGAAUCCUAUGUUGAUCCAAAAACAGGCAAACACUACACUCCAGAAGCUGCUUUAGAAAUGGGGCUUAUUUCACUAUCAGAAUAUGAAAGCAUAAAAAAGAAAACACCUAACGAAACUAAAGUCAUUUAUAAUACACAAAUUAUGAUCACAGACCCUAAAACUAAUAAAUCAGUUUCUGUAGAAGAAGGUCUUGCCCUUGGAUUGAUUACUCAAGCUGAAGUUGAUGAACUUAAAGCAAAAUUAGACAAAUCUCCAGAAUAUAUUAAAUCAACUGUUACAGUGACUGUUCCUAAAACCGGUGAGAACAUCCCAAUUGCAGAUGCAUUAAAACAAGGUUUAAUUACACCAGAAAUGUACGAAAAAAUGGUUAGAGAUCAGCAUACUGAUCAUAUUAUAAACAAGGAUAACAUUGCUAAUAAGGAGGGUCGCGAUACAGAAAAAGAAUUAUCAUCUGAAGUUUCAACUAGACAGAAAUUAAACGAAAAUGAACAUAAAUUGAAAAAUACUCCUCUCUCUCAAACUAUUUCAUUUGAUCGUCAGCCUGAAAUUUCUUUGGCGGACAAAACUCGUGCGCGUAUUACUACCGAACCGAAAUACGAGGUGGCAAUAGGACGAGCCACAUCUUUAAGCCCCGAGAGGGAUGCUAAAAAGGCAGUUUUACAAAAGUUGAGAAAGAAAACCAUCAAACCUAAAGAUGCUCUACAAAAAGGUUUAAUCGAUUCACAGACAGCCGAUAUACUAGAUAAAAAGGACACAUUUAUUUCUGCCGAGGGAGAAGUUUUAAGUCUACAAGAAGCUGUAGAUAAUAAGAAGAUAGAUGGUGAUAAAGGAAAGAUCGUCGAUCCUCAACGUGGUGAUAUAUUGACAAUAAAUGAAGCAAUAUCUCGUGGAGUUUUAGAUCCAGAUGGCGGUAAUGAAGUGUUAAUACCACUGAACAAAAGCUUAUCUGUGCCAGAGCUUUUCGAUCAAGGAUUAAUAGAUCCGGAUACUUCGAAAGUUGUGCAUCCGGAAACUGGUGCAUAUUUGACUUUGAAGCAAGCCAUUCAGUGCGAUAUUGUUGAUCCACUUAGUAAAGUAAAUGUUAGUGAUGGAAAAGUAACAUUAUCUGAAGCAUUGGAUACUGGAAAAGUUGAUAAUACCAAAGCCGUUGUUACAACAAAAGGUGGUAACUUAGAUCUGCAAACCGCCGUAGAAAGAGAGAUAUUUGAUAAAGUUGAAAAUAACAAGGAUAUUCCACCAGCAGCUAUGACAUUCCCAGUUGCUUUAAGUCGAGGACACAUUGAUCUACAGAGUAAGACGUUUAUUCAUCCAAUUACUCAAGAAAAGGUAAGUUUAAGUGAAGCAUUCAAGGAAAAUUAUAUCAUGGUUUUGCCAUUUGAGCGCAGUGCAGAUGCCGUGAAUUUAGAAAAUGCCAUAGAUAUGAAUCUGAUAGAUACAGACAGCGGAACGUUUACAAAUCCAUUUACAGGAGAGAUUAUACCUAUAGCGCAAGCAGUAGAAUGCGGUCUUCUUUUUAUUGAAAAUACUCAGAAAAGCCCACAGGGAAUAAAGAAUGUGAUUAUUGAUGUAAAAGAAGGCGACAUUAAAUUGAAAUGUAAGUCAAUUGGAGCAGAAGGCUCUUACCCAACAAAUCAAAUAACUUUCUCUGAUGCCCUAAAUAGAGGUUUAAUAGAUAUGAGUGCAGGGACUUACACCGAUCCAAAAUCAGGAGAAAAGAUGUCAAUCAGCAAUGCUAUCAAAGAUGGAAUAUUAGAAGCUGCACCCACCAACGAUGUAGAUACUGAUGGAGACAAGACUGUAGAAUUAAACAUUGCUGAAGCGUUUGAUAAGAUUUACGAUAAAGAGACAGACAAAUUCCAUGACCCCACUGAUUCAAAUAAAUUGUUAACAUUUAGUGAAGCAUUAGAGAAAGAUAUUAUUGAUCCAAAUUCCAUGAUAUAUGAUGUUAAAUCGCAGAAACCUAUUACAAUUGAACAGGCUGUCAGUCAAGGAUUAAUUGACCCAAAAACAGGUAAAAUCAAAGAGCAAGGAACAGGCAAGAGCGUCGAUUUUAAGAAGGCCGCAAAAAUGGGAUUGAUUGCUGUAAUCGGAGGAAUUGCAGCUCCUAUUGUAGCACCUAUAGUUGCGGGAGCGGCCGUGGUCGAUGCAGUUAGAAAUAAACUUGACAAAACGAAGCCAUCAGGCGGAACCGAUAUGAAACAAAAAAUUGAUAGUUUUAUUACUAUGGAAAAAGCAGAAAUUUCAUUUACUGAAUCAUCUCCACAAAUUGAUAAAUUAGGAAACAAAGUUAAAUCAAGUGAUAAUGACAGUACGAUUUCUAAAGAUAGUGUGGAUCCCAAGAAAUCGUCUGAUAAAGAAACCACCGAUGCGAAUAAAUCUAAAAUUACUUUACCAGAAGCAGUGUAUAGGGGAUAUUACGAUCCAGAGAGCGGAAAUUUUGUUGAUCCCGAGAACAAAGAAGAACUGAAAACACAAUCUGCUAUAAGCCGCGGAUACAUUGACACAUCCUCGACGUUAGUGACAAUUAACGAAGAAGUCGUUACAUUUGAUCAAGCUGUAGUUGAAGGUAUUAUAAAUACAACCGAGGGUGUCCUAAUACUUGAAGGUGACAAUGUUAUUGACUUUAAGGAGGCCUUUGAGAAAGGUUUAAUGGUUGAAGUCAUAUCGCCAAUGUGCUUGGCUGAAGCUUUAGUCAAUAUAUUUAAUCCCGAAACACUGACAUUCUUAGAUCCAAGAAGCGGUAAUCAUUUAAGCCUAGGUGAGGCUAUUGAAGUCAGUUUGAUCGAUCCAAAAUCUGUUUCCGUUAAAGAUACGAAAUCAGGUAUCCCCAGAAAAAUCCCAUUACUCGAUGCAAUUCACAAUGGCUUGAUUGACGGAAAUACCGGUAAUGUUAACGUUUAUAAUAAGGGCGAACUGACCGUUGUUCCAUUGAAAGAAGCAUUCAGUUUAGGUUUGUUAAUCGAUGAAAAUGCAGCUAUAUCAUUACAGAGAGCGAUACAUCAAGGGUUAUACGAUGAAACCAGUGGAAAAAUGUUGGAUCCAAGUACAGCGCGAAAAAUCACUAUUCAUGAAUCAAUACGCAAAUUCUUUAUUAAUCCUCUGCUUCCAUGCUACUUUGAUAAGAAGAAUAAAAAAUUGCAUCACCUCAAAGAUUCUUGCAUAUUGGGCAUAAUUGACAAAUGCAAUGGAACAUUUAAAGAUCCAGCUACUUCCAACAGCAUGCCAUUGAAUAAAGCUAUGGAAAAAGGUUUAAUUGUAGAUAUCGAGACGGCCAAUUUCAGUCUGUACGAAGUCUUGGAUAUGGGAUUAUAUGAAAAUAAUAAGCUUAUUCAUCCAGCGACUAACGCAAAAUUCAAUUUGAACGAUGCAGUAAGUCACGAGCUAAUUAAUCCGAAUAUCACGAUAAUCAAAAAUAUCAAAUCUCAUAAAUACAUCCUUCUUCCAGAAGCUUUAGAAGAGAAUAUAAUUAAUGGUGUAUCAAAUGAAUUCAACUUGCCAACUGGCACAAUAUCCUUUGCCGAAGCUAAAAGACGCGGUUUAAUUGUUACACCUAACAAACGCUUAACGUUGAAAGACGCAGUCGAGAACGGUUUAUAUCGACCAGAUUCCGGUAAAUUUGCAGAUCCAUCUUGCAACGAAUUUUUCGAUAUUUCUGAAGCACUCGCUAAUGGUUUAAUUGAUCCUAGCACAACAGGUUUUAAAGAUGUAAAUGGUUUCGUAAAAUCAUUACCAGACGCGAUCACUGAUGGUAAUAUUGACGUGGAAAAAGGUCGUGUGUACGAUGCAAAAUCAAAGAACGUUUACAACUUUGACAAAGCUUUAGACAAGGGUGUUAUUGUAACUUUAGAUAAACCAUUACUUCUUCAAACUAAUUACGCUGCAAUUCAAUCAAAACCGACCAUUCGUCAAUGCACAUUGGAAGAAGCGAUUAAAUUUGAAUUACUUGAUCCUAAAAUCGCUGUAAUAAAAGAUCCACAGACAGGAGAUUUCAAAUCGUUGGGUGCUAGUAUUGAUGACAACACCCUUAACGCCGAUAAAACUAUUGUUUUUGAACCUAAAGGUAAAGUAAAAUCUUUGAUCGCUGUUUACGAUCAAGUGAUUGUAAUUUAUGUGAAAAAACCUAUGAGUUUUGAAGCUGCUUUAGAAAAGGAUUAUCUAGAUAUAAACACCGGUAAAUUCACCGAUCCACAAACCAAUGAAAUAUUAACUUUAAAAGAAUCCUUUGCUUACGGAUUCAUUGAUCCGGACACAGCGUUGGUGAAAGACACAAAUAAAAAGAAGCUCGUCAAGCUUCCGGAAGGUUUCCGUAAAGGUUUAGUUGAUGCUGAAAAAGGUAGCAUUCUCGAUAGUGCUACUUCGAAAUUGCACGUCUUACCUGUGGCUAUCGAUAAUGGUUUGUUGAUAACGCCGAAAAGAAGUUUCACGUUAAUCGAAGCCAUUCAGUACGGAGUUUACAAUCCGACAACCGGUGCCUUCGUAGAUCCAUUCGUAAAUACAUCAAUUAUCGAUAGAAAACGUUUAACAUUAAUUGAAGCAAUCGAUGAUCUAUUGGUUGAUCCAAGUAGUACUGUGAUCAGAGAUCCAGAAACAGGUACAAUGCUUCAAUUAUUGGGAGCUAUUGACAAUGGUGUAGUUGAUGGAAUAGGUGGACGAAUUUACGAUAAAAACGAGGAUAAACUCAUAGAUUUUGGAAAGGCCUUGGAGAGGGGAUUAAUCAAACCAGCCGAAGAAAGGCAAGCCGUUGAAGAAAAAUAUAAAUUGUGCGACGAGAGUCUUACAAAAUUGCUUCAAUGGAUUUCCGAAGUCGAAGAGAAGAUUGCCACCCAGGAUGUGUUGCGUGAAGUCGAGGAAGACCUUAGGAACCAGAUUAACGUGAUGAAGCAGAUCAAGGAAGACCUGAAUCAGCAUUCCGGACCGGUUUCCCAUUGCUUGGAUCAAAUUAGGCAAUUGGUUCUAACAGCUGGUGACAUUUUAUCGAAGAGCGAAGUCUCCACAUUGGAAAAGAACGGAAGAAACUUGAAGACACGUUACGACAAGACCAGCGAUCGUACAGAUAAAUUAAUAAGACGUAUGUUAACUGCCAGAGAUGAGUUGCACAAACUGAAGGGUGAACUUUCUGGUUUCUCGAGUUGGUUAGAUAAAGCCAGAAGAAUAUUGGAAGACAAAGAACGUGCAUUGAGCGAUUUGCAGCGUUUGGAUUCCAGUGCAGAUAGCACCAGGGAGUUUGUCUCUGACGUAAUUUCCCAUCAAGCUGAUCUUCGAUUCAUCACCAUGUCUGCCCAGAAAUUCGUGGACGAAUCUAAAGACUAUUUGACAGUUCUCAACGAGUUCCGCACAACUUUACCAUCUCGCAUGCCGCACAUUGAACCACUUUCGGCACAAGAUUCUCCUGUCCGUAGCGAAGUUUCUUAUGUUACGCAACAAUACAGAGAUCUUUUGCACCGAGCAAACAUGUUAUCAGAUCGUUUAUCGGGAGUCGGAGGCAAGCAACGUGAAUACAACGAUGCAAUGGAUAAAGCAAGAUCAUGGUUACGCGACGCUGAGCCAAGAGCCGCCAAAGUCCUCAGUGAUCCAAUUGGUGGAGAUCCAAGAACGGUAGAAGAUCAACUGUACAAAGCCAAGGCUUUGAAUAAUGAAUUUGUAGCCAGCGGACGUCUAAUUGAUAACGUGAAACAAGCUUCCGUUUCGUUACUGCGAUCUUUAGAAGGACAAAUAUCACCAUUGGAAAUUACUUCCAUAGAAGAGCCUGUUAUUGUAUUGGAACAAAAAUACAAUCAACUGAAGAAUGCUCUUGGUGACCGUUGUCAAGAACUCGACACUGCUCUAGUCCAAUCACAAGGAGUGCAGGAUGCCCUAGACAACAUCGUAUCUUGGUUGACUUCAGCUGAAACAGAAUUCAAGAAUAUUCAACGUCCCGCGUCUUUGAUUAAAGAACGCCUCGAGGAACAAAUCCGUGAACAUCAAGUAUACCAAUCCGAUGUCGAUACUCACAUUUCGUCUAUUGAUUCAAUUUAUUUAUCAGCGAGUGAUCUGAUCUCCUCUUCUAGCAAUACCAGAGUAGCUAAGAAAAUUGAGGAUAAAUUGAACGAUGUGAAACACCGUUUUGAGAAAUUGUUGGAUCGCACGCAAAGACGCGGAGAGUUUCUUCAAGAAGUUUACGGAAAUCUUAUCACCUUUAAUUCUCAAUCGGAUCAAUUUGAUAAAUGGUUCAAUGGUAUUGUUGAAAUUAUUGAGUCUAGAGAUUUCUCGAAGCUGUCUAUUGAAGAUUAUGCCAGUAGAAUGCAGGAGAUCGGAGAUAACCGUGAUAACAAACAGCCAUUGUUUGAAGAAGCAAUACACGGUGGCAAAGAAUUGGUUAAUAAGCGUGAUGUCACUGAUACGGCUCCAGUUAGAGAUGCAAUUAAGUCUAUGGAGAAUCGCUGGAGGGAUUUGAAUAAUCUAUUGGAUGAGAAGCAAAAGUUGUCCAAGCAGCGAUCAGAACAACUCAACGCGUAUGAAACACUCCGCGAACAAGUCAAUGAGUGGUUGAGCCGAAUGGAGACCAAAGUUUCGAGACUGGAUGUCGUGGCUGUCGAUAUGCAAAUAUUGCAGAAGCAAAGCGAUGAUCUUAAGCCAAUCGCUAAAGACUACAGGGACUAUGCACCAACAAUUGACAGAGUCAAUGACGUCGGUAAUUUGUACGAUAGUUUGUUACGUGAUCGCCCAGAAUCACCUAGCCGCAAACGGGCUAGCAAUUACAGUCCAACCAAACGAACUAGUUCAUUGAGACGUCCUUCUCAAGAUGGUAGAUCACCUUCACCAACUAAAGGUCUGAGCCCAUUAUCACCUGCAGGCUCUAGCGGAUUCUCAUCUCGCCGGUCUAGUCAAGAUGGAUUCCACUUGGAAGAACUUUCUCCAGUGCAGCAACAACUAUCCGAAAUCAACAAUCGUUAUUCCUUAUUAGGAGUUAAAAUAAACGAUCGCCAAAAUGAAAUAGAUUCCACGAGAGACGAAGUUAGAAAGCAGUUGGAUAAUCUAAAAUCGUUGGACAACUUCCUCGACAAGAUUCAAAGACAAUUAAUAAAGGACAUUAUUCCAUCAACAAAAGAAGAGUCCGAUAAGAUCAAUAAGCAACUGAAACAGGUCAUCGAAGAAAUGUACGAGAAGCAGUCUCUCCUUGAUUCAACUCGUAGCCAAGUGAAAGAAAUCGUAAGACGAAAACCGAGCUCAAUUGGUGUUGAUAAUUUGAACGACGAAUUGGAGGACGUCCUUUCCAGAUGGAAACGGUUGAAUGAUGUAUGUAAAGACCAAAUGGAAUUCAUGGAGAACAUGAAAGAAUUCCACGACACUCAUGAUUCACUAGCUGCUUGGUUGAAUUCCAAAGACAAAAUGUUCACCGUAUUAGGACCGAUCUCAAGUGAUCCUCGCAUGGUUCAAUCACAAGUUCAACAAGUUCAAGUACUCAGAGAAGAAUUCCGUACGCAACAACCGCAACUACACCAUUUGAGAGACGUCGGCAACUCUGUAUUAACUUUCGUUGAUAGAAAUUCGCAAGAUGGACAGAAAAUCGAAGAUAAGUUGAAUAACAUACAGAAUAGAUGGUCGGAUCUUCUUGGCAAAUUGGACGAACGGGCAGAUUCCUUGGGAGCUGCUGCAGAUACCAGCCGCGAAUUCGAUGCACAAUUAACGCGACUUCGCGAUGCUCUCCAAGGAAUUUCAGAAGCCCUUGACGAACUUCCAAUGGAUAAAGAUCCGGAAGAACAACUCAGGAAAAUUGAAAAUUUGGAUAGGCAAUUGGAGGGUCAACGACCACUUUUGGCUGAUUUAGAAGCUGCCGGAGCUCAAUUAUGUAAUGUACUCAGCGAUCCAGCAUCCAGAGCAGAUAUCCAAGCUAAAUUGGCUGCAAUUGGUAGGCAAUACAAUGCUCUUCAAAAGAAAUUGGAUCAUCGUAAAGCAGAGAUUGAAAAUACUUUACGGGAUGGAAGACAGUUUGAGGCAUCUUGUGCUAAAACACUCGGCUGGUUAUCGGAUGAGUUGGGUUCAAUCUCUGAACGUUUACUCGUUUCCGCCGAUCGUGUAAUUCUCGAACAACAAUUGUCACACCACGAACCCGUGUACAGAGAGGUAUUGUCGAGGGAGCAUGAGGUCAUAAUGCUCUUGAACAAAGGCAGAGAUUUGCUUGCACGUAAUAACAAAUCAGAUACUAGAAAUCUUCAAAGGGAUCUCGAUAAAAUUCAACAAAAUUGGGACAAACUGCGCAAGGAAACUGUGGAUAGGCACACCAGACUACAAACGUGUUUGGAACACUGCAAAAAGUAUUACCGAACGUUGGAUAUCUUUAUGCCGUGGCUUCGUCAAGCUGAAGAUAAAUUGGAUAGUUUGAAGCCAUCAUCGUUCAAGAGGAAACACAUUGAAAAACAACUUAAAGAAUUGCAAGCUUUCAGAAAUGAUGUAUGGAAGAAAUCUGGGGAAUAUGAAAACACUAGGUCGUUGGGCGAGUCCUUUAUAUCUGCUUGCGAUAUUGACAAAGAUGUGGUAAAUAACGAAUUGGUGGAUCUUAAGGAACGUUGGGAUAAAUUGAACAACGACUUAUUGGAUCGUACCCAAUCUUUGGAAGAUCAGGCAAGAAAACUGAUGGAUUUCAAUGAAAAUUUGAGAGAUUUACAGCACGGCCUCGAAAGAUGCGAAGACAAAUUGGCAUCGCACGAUUCGCUGGGUGGCGCUGCUAAAGAUCCUAAGUUAUUAGAUAGAAUUAAGACUUUACGCGAUGAAGUUGGAAAUCUGAGCAAACCCUUCCAAGCGUGCAAACAACAGGCCAAUGAUUUAAGUCAAGAAGCCCAAGAACAUGGCAUUGACGGUAACCAUUUAUUAGACGAAGUUGAUAAUGUAGGCGAUCGCAUCAACGAGUUGCAAUGUAAAUUAGAUGAUCGUUGUGCUGAUUUACAAUCUGCUGCAACUGCUGUAACUCAAUUUAAUGAUCAAGUCAAGGAAUUAACUCACGAUUUGUCAGGAUUAGAGGCAGAAUUAGAUUCCAUGAAGCCUCCAGGAAGAGAUGUUAAAACAGUUCGAGAUCAAAUCGAUGACGUAUCUAAAUUAGUCAAUAAAUUAAACAAAGCAGCUGAUGAUGUUAACUUCGCUAUCUCUGCCGGUGAGCGGUUAGUUGAUAGUGGUUUUGCACCAGAUACUGCUCAAACAAGACAACAGGUUGACACUCUUAAGAAACAACUUUCCAAACUGGAUGACCGUGCCCGCGGUAGGGAACUAGAGUUGGAUAACAUGCUGAAAAAGUUGGAUAACUUCUACAUGAUCCAUUCAGCAGUAAUCGAUGAUAUUCAAGAUGCUUCAGAGGAAGUGAGGAAGUUGAAACCAGUUGGAACCGAUGUUGAAGCUAUUCGUGCUCAGCAACAAGACAUCAAACGUUUCCGCGCAAAAACUGUGGAUCCGCUUGGUAAAAAUGUAGACGAAUGCAACCGUCUUGGUCAAGGUUUAAUCCAAUCUGCGGCUCCUGAGGUUAACACGAAUAAUCUCGAAAAAGAACUGGAAAGGAUGAAUGAUCGUUGGAACAAUCUCAAGGAACGUAUGAACGAUCGCGAACGUCGAUUGGAUGUUGCUUUGUUGCAGUCAGGCAAAUUCCAAGAAGCCUUGGAUGGUCUCGAUAAAUGGUUAACUGACACUGAAGAACUGGUAGAAAAUCAGAAACCACCAUCUGCUGAUUACAAGGUUGUAAAAGCACAAUUGCAAGAACAAAAAUUCUUAAAGAAAAUGCUACUGGACAGACAAAAUUCCAUGUCAUCCUUAUACAGCAUGGGCAACGAAAUUGCCAAAGAAGCCGAUCCAUCAGAACGUAGAGCAAUUGAAAAACAACUCAAAGAUUUGAUCGGUAGAUUUGAAGCAUUGAGAGAAGGUGCCCAACAACGCACUUUGGACUUGGAACAAGCCAUGAAAGUAGCUAAAGAAUUUUUAGAUAAACUCGUUCCACUGCAAGAAUGGUUAGAUCGCAGCGAAAAGAAAGUUAAAGAUUUGGAGCUUAUUCCAACUGACGAAGAAAAGAUUCGGAAACGAAUUCAAGAACACGAUGUCCUACAUAAUGAUAUCUUGAGCAAGAAACCAGAUUUCAACGAGUUGGCUGAUGUUGCUUCUAACUUAAUGUCAUUAGUCGGUGAGGAUGAAGCCUCAACUUUAGCUGAUAAACUAACUGAUGUUACUGAUAGAUAUGGUAAUUUGGUCGAAGCAAGUGAAGAAGUUGGCAGAUUGUUAAACGAUUCUCGCCAAGAAUUGAGACACUUGGUUAUUACUUACCAAGAUUUGGUCGCGUGGAUGGAUACAAUGGAAACGAGAUUGGGAAGGUACAAAGUGUUAGCCGUGCACACCGACAAACUGUUGGAGCAAAUGGACGAACUAGCUAACGUCACUGAAGAUAUUGCUAGCCGACAGGGCGAUGUUGAUGGAACUGUUGAUGCAGGUGUUGAACUAAUGAAGCAUAUUUCUUCUGAUGAAGCUCUCCAACUUAAAGAUAAAUUGGACUCUUUACAGAGAAGAUACAACGAACUUACAUCUCGUGGCGCCGAUUUACUUAAACAUGCUCAAGAUAUGCUACCAUUAGUUGAACAAUUCCACAAUAAUCACAGCAGGUUAGUAACUUGGAUGCAAGGUGCUGAAACAAUCCUACAGUCCGGCGAUCCACACGAGGGAGACAUUGCAAGACUGGAAGUAGAUUUGCAAGAAUUAAGACCAGUCCUUGAAACAAUAAAUCUGGUUGGACCACAGUUGUGUCAAGCUAGUCCAGGUGAAGGUGCUGCGACCAUAGAAGGUUUAGUAACAAGAGACAACAGACGGUUCGAUGCCAUCGCUGAACAGAUUCAACGUCGCGCCGAAAGAAUUCAUCUUGGCAAACAAAGAGCUUUGGAAGUAACAUCUGAUAUCGAUGAGCUAUUGGAAUGGUUCAGAGAGGUAGAAAACCAAAUUCGCGACGCUGAGAAACCAUCUGCUGAUCCAGAUAUGAUAAGAGUGCAACUUAAAGAACACAAAGCGCUCAAUGAUGAUAUUUCCAGUCAGAAGGGACGAGUACGGGAUGUUUUGUCGACUGCUAAGAAAGUACUUCGCGAAUCUCCACCAAGCGAAGAUAUGAGCAUAAUAAGAGAAAAAAUGGAAGAUCUUAGGGAAACCAUGGAUACCGUAUCCGCUCUUAGCAGUGAUAGAUUGGGUAUUUUAGAACAAGCAUUCCCAUUAGCAGAACAUUUCCAUGAUACGCAUGGAGUUUUAUCCAACUGGUUGGGAGAUAUGGAAGAACAAGUAUCGAUGCUUUCAAUGCCUGCUCUCAGGCCAGACUUGAUUGCACAACAACAGGACCGCAACGAAAUGUUCUUGCAAUCAAUUAACGAGCAUAAACCACUCGUCGACAAACUCAACAAAACCGGAGAAGCUUUAAUUCGCUUAUGCAAUGAUGAUGAUGGAACUAAGGUGCAAGAACUAAUUGAUAGCGAUAACGACCGUUACGCAGCAUUGAAACUAGAACUGCGUGAAAGGCAGCAAGCAUUAGAAGAAGCUUUGCAAGAAAGUUCCCAGUUCAGUGACAAACUGGAGGGCAUGUUGCGAGCCCUAUCAAAUACUGCUGAUCAAGUUAAUAAUUUGGAACCAAUUUCUGCGCAUCCGACUAAGAUAAACGAUCAAAUUGAAGAUAACGAUGUUCUCGUAAGCGAUUUGGAUAAACGCAAGGAAGCUUACGCAGCAGUUAAGCGCGCAGCCGAUGAUGUUAUUAACAAAGCAGCAAACAGAUCAGAUCCAGCCAUCAAGGAUAUUAAACGUAAGCUGGAUAAACUUAAAAAUCUGUGGGACGAUGUGCAAAAGGCGACGAACACACGUGGAAAGAAUCUGGAUGAUACCUUAACAGCAGCCGAGAAAUUCUGGAAGGAGUUGAAUGUUAUUAUGGAACAACUAAAGGAUUUGGAAGAUUCGUUAGCAUCUCAAGAACCGCCAGCUGUUGAACCAAAAGCGAUUCAAAAACAACAAGUUGCAUUACAAGAAAUUCGCCAUGAAAUUGAUCACACUAAACCGCACGUGGAUCAAGUUAGAAAUUCUGGUCAAAAAUUGAUGCAACUUUGCGGAGAACCGGACAAACCUGAAGUCAAGAAACACAUUGAAGAUUUGGAUAAUGCAUGGGACAAUAUAACAGCUUUGUAUGCCAAACGAGAAGAAAAUUUGAUUGAUGCAAUGGAGAAAGCAAUGGAAUUCCAUGAAACACUUCACAAUCUUUUGGAGUUCUUGGAAAGGGCCGAGGAUAAAUUCGGUAAGAUGGGACCAUUGGGAACAGACAUCGAUGCAGUUAAAAAGCAAAUUGAGCAAUUGAAGAGAUUUAAAUCCGAAGUCGAUCCACACAUGGUUAAAGUUGAAGCUCUCAACAGGAGUCUCAUAAGGCAAGCCCAAGAGCUGACUGAAAGAACUUCUGCUGAUCAAGCUGCAGCAAUUAAAGAACCUUUAUUAGCUGUUAACAGAAGAUGGGACGAUUUAUUGCGAGGCAUUGUGGAACGUCAAAGGCAAUUGGAAAAUGCUCUAUUGAGAUUGGGUCAAUUCCAACACGCCCUCAACGAACUUCUAGUAUGGAUCAGCAAAACAGACAGAACACUUGAUGAACUUAAACCAGUUGCUGGAGACCCACAAAUUCUCGAAGUGGAACUGGCUAAACUCAAAGUGCUGAUUAAUGAUAUCCAAGCUCAUCAAACAAGUGUUGAUACCUUAAACGAUGCUGGAAGGCAAAUCAUAGAAAGUGGAGAUGAUGAAGCAUCCGUAACGCAAGAUAAGCUAAACACCUUAAAUACGCAGUGGCGUUCUCUGAUACAAAAGGCAGCAGAUAGGCAAAGGGAACUUGAGGAUGCAUUAACCGAUGCGCAGAGAUUCAAUGCUGAAAUCCAAGAUCUUAUCAGUUGGUUGGGUGAUGUUGAUGGAGUAAUUGCUGCCAGCAAACCAGUAGGUGGAUUACCAGAGACUGCAUCUGAACAGUUGGAAAGGUUCAUGGAAGUUUACAAUGAAUUGGAAGAGAACAGACCAAAGGUGGAGACAGUUUUAGCUCAAGGUCAGGAAUAUCUUAAACGCGGAUCGAAUACUGCUUCUAAUCUGCAAAGCAAUUUACGCACCUUGAAGCAACGAUGGGAUUCAGUAACAUCUAGAGCAAACGACAAGAAAAUCAAGCUGGAAAUUGCUCUGAAGGAAGCAACUGAAUUCCAUGAUGCUCUGCAAGCGUUUGUUGAUUGGCUCACCAAUGCUGAAAAACAUUUGAACAACCUGAAGUCAGUAUCGCGCGUAUUGGAGACAAUCCAAAAUCAAAUCGAAGAACAUAAACUCUUCCAAAAGGAUGUUAACGCCCAUCGCGAAAUUAUGCUUAAUUUGGAUAAGAAGGGUACUCAUUUGAAGUACUUCAGUCAAAAGCAAGAUGUGAUCUUAAUCAAGAAUCUCUUAAUUAGUGUACAGCAUAGAUGGGAAAGAGUGGCCUCGAAAUCUGCCGAACGCACUCGUGCAUUAGAUUUAGGAUACAAAGAAGCUAAAGAAUUCCACGAUUCUUGGUCGGGAUUGAUGAACUGGUUAGAUGAAACCGAAGCGAAUUUGGAUGAAUUGGAUGAUUCCGUUGGUAACAACCCAGAAAUUAUCAAAUCACGCUUAUCCAAACAUCAAGAAUUCCAACGCGCUCUAUCUGCAAAACAAAGUACCUACGACAAUACUAUGAAGAUUGGUAAAACAUUAAAGGAGAAAGCUCCUAAAAAUGAUGAGCCAACUUUGAAACAGAUGUUAAAUGACUUGAAGAACAAGUGGACUGCUGUUUGUAAUAAGAGCGUUGAUCGCCAGAGGAAACUCGAGGAAGCUUUACUCUAUUCUGGACAAUUCAAGGAAGCUAUCGCUGCAUUGCUUCAAUGGCUCCAAAUGGUGGAAAAAGAUUUAUCUCAGGAUAAGCCCGUUCAUGGAGAUUUGGACACUGUAACGCAUUUGGUAGAUGAACAUACUCGUUUCGAACAAGAUCUUGAGGCGCGCAAUAUUCAGAUGAGUUCCGUCAUGAAAACAGGACAUGAGUUAGAAAUUAAAGCAAAUACCAGCGACUCUGCAGCAAUUAGGAGCCAACUUGUUGAACUUAAUGAAUUGUGGGAGAGCGUUUCCCAUCUAACCAACAGAAAAUCAACUAGAUUAGAAGAUGCUCUUAGGGAAGCUGAAAAACUGCACAAGUCUGUACACAUGCUGCUGGAUUGGUUGUCCAAUGCCGAAAUGAAGCUAAGAUUUGCAGUGAUAAUACCCAAAGGUAACACGCCAGAAGACGAAGCUGCGGCUUACGAACAACUCCAAAUUUUGGAGAAAUUCCGACACGAGUUACGCGAAAAGGAAGUUGAAAAGGAUUCCACCAUAGAUCUUGCCCAUUCCGUUCUGACCAGAGCUCAUCCAGACGCUGUCAAUGUUAUCAAGCAAUGGAUUACAAUCAUCCAAUCCCGUUGGGAAGAAGUUUCUCAAUGGGCUAAACAGCGUUACGACAAGUUAUCUUCGCACAUGCAGUCCCUUAAAGAUCUGGAUGAAUGCUUGGAGGAAUUGAUCAGUUGGCUUCUGGGAUUGGAGAGUACUUUGGUAGCUCUGAAACAAGAAGAGUUACCGAUGGACAUUCCAGCUACGGAAAGUUUGAUUGCCGAUCAUAAAGAAUUUAUGGAGAACACUGAUAUGAGGAGCGUCGAAGUCAACAGGGUCUGCAAGGCGAGGACUGUUAAACAGGCACAGAGCACUAAGGACUCUAAGAAGUUUGUUAAGGGCAAAACACCAAUUCGCGGAUCUCAGCACGAUAUUCGUGAAUCUUCACCAGAUUAUGGCACUCUUGGUCGUAAACAAAGCUUCAAAGGCUCCCAGAAUUUGCAUCCAGGACAACGAAGCCGAACCAGCCCCGGCAGGGAACUUGGUCAGGAGCCACAAUUGCCCCACUAUGGGCCACGAUUCCAAUCUGGCAGUGCCGAACCCGAAUUCAAGAGUCCUCGUGUCAAGUUCCUAUGGGACAAAUGGCGCCACGUCUGGAUGCUUUCAUGGGAAAGGCAGAGGGAUUUGAACGCUCACCUUGCCUACCUCAAGGAGAAAGAACGCGCUGAUAACUUCUCUUGGGACGAUUGGAGAAAGAGGUUCUUGAAGUUCAUGAACCACAAGAAAUCCAGACUGACGGAUCUCUUCAGAAAGAUGGAUAAGAAUAACGACAAUCUCAUUCCCCGUCAAGAUUUUAUUGAUGGCAUUAUAAACACGAAAUUCGAUACGAACCGAUUGGAAAUGAAGGAAGUAUCCGAUAUGUUCGAUAGAAAUAAUCGCGGUCUGAUCGACUGGAAGGAGUUCAUUGCUGCUCUCAGGCCCGAUUGGGAGGAGAAGAAACCGGAUAACGAUGCUCAAAAGAUACACGAUGAAGUUAAAAGGCUUGUGAUGCUGUGUACUUGCAGACAGAAAUUCCGCGUUUUCCAAGUCGGCGAAGGAAAAUACAGGUUCGGUGAUAGUCAAAAGUUACGACUUGUACGUAUCCUUCGCAGUACCGUGAUGGUACGUGUCGGAGGUGGUUGGAUCGCCUUGGACGAGUUCUUGCUUAAGAACGAUCCUUGCCGAGCGGAGGAACAUUUGGCGGAGUUGAUGCCCAUUUUCGAGCAACUGAGGGCCCGUGGAGAAGUGGGUAAUGCGUAUCCCAUGCACGUGGGUUCUACCACAAGCCCCACCGUGCACAUGGCUCACACCAAUCCUUAUUCUUGUCACUGGGUAAGGGAGCGUUCAGUAAGAUCUGUGCCGAUGUCGGGUAGCGUUCCAAGGACUUCGAAGUCUUCGUUGUCCGUCGGCACGCCCGACUCUUUGUCCGACACCGAAGGUCCAUCCUACCGUACUCCUAGGAAGUCUUCAUACAGAACUGGAUUAACGCCGGGCGGAUCCAGAUCCAAUUCCAGGCCAGCUUCAAGAGCUGGUAGCAGACCCGGCAGCAAACCACCAUCCAGACAUGGAUCCAACCUAUCUUUGGAUAGUACAGCCGACGACACCCCGUCUCGUAUUCCAAGAAGAACCCCCAUGUCCGGACGCACUAGUACUACCCCAGCUGCUCGCAAAUUGAACGGCACAUCCCUUUCAAGACCACGAACCCCCACUGGUCUUAUCUCGCCUGCUAGUCCAGCCGGAAGAUCAACCGGCAUUCAGAGAGCAUCAAGUAUACCGACAUUAACAUCAAUUGCGACGCCAAGGUCACGAAUACCGGUUUAUAAGGGCAACUCUGGCGAUUUCGAGUUAGAGUCGCCAUCUACGUCUAGCUCUUGCUCAGUCUCUUUAUCUUCUGGCUCGAAGUCUUCGGCGAGCAAAUCCAGAAUACCUAUUUCGCAUAGGCUCACUACUACUACUACCAAAACCAGAACCGUGACUACUUCUAAUGCUCCGAUUUUGAGAACUGCAUCUAGAACCCGUACACCAUCUGGAUCAAACACCCCCGUUCCUGCCGGUGCGCAAACAGCAGCAGCGCGGUACGAAAGCAUGAGGAAGUCAACGAGCAAAGAGCCUUUCCGGCUUUAAGAGAUGCUAAACAGCUCGUCGCCAACCCGUAAGGAUCGGAGCGCAAAUCGCCAGUUGCGUAACGAUCCACGGACAAAGCGACGAAUCCUCUCAAAAAAAAAUAUAUAUAAUGAAUUAACCGAUUAAUUUAAAAUGAAAAAGAAUCAAUGCACCAUUAUU